AGUAGGAGGGUCCAUGUGCCUGUGAAUGACGUCGCUGACUUCAAGUCCGAACCGACUCCCUCGUUUGUUUGUAUUACUCUUUUUAUUUUGGGGCCCAGAAUCGGUAAUCUGUAAAUGUGCGGGCAUAAUGUGAGCUCAUCUGCCGCUGUCGUCCGACCCGUGGCCGCCGUUCGUCCUGUCAGGAGCAGCGGCUUGCUGUGGAGGAUUACUAGUGAUAAUACGCAGUAGACUUCUCCAGUGCGCCUAGCUGUCAAACUGAAAACUAUGUAUUGGAAAGAGUAGAAACAAGACAUUAGUUCAUAUUUAUUUGGUUUUCGUAUCUUUUUUUUUGUCCUCUGGAUUAUCGCUGCCCAGCAACACGGCCACCUGACAACUCUGAAUGUCGUAAUUAAGGUGAAUCAAUGAGUCAGCAAUGGAGACCAAAAGAUACCAAAGUUUCUUUGAUGGGAGCGACACAGAGAAUCGAUGGCCGCAGGUCCCCAGCACCAUGGAGCACUGCUGCAGCACAGAGGAUUCAAGUCUGACUAGCAGUGAUAUCCUGAUGGACAUAGUCAAUGUGAGCUGCCCUGCUGGAAGCCCGGCCACUGACUGCAAAGACAACAAUACCAAGAAGCCGGAGCAGCCAAUGCUUCGGCUUAGCCAGAACCAGCCAUUUGUUCUCCCUCACUUCAACAACACCCUCCAUGGUCAUAAGCAGGAAAUGGACUCUAAGGAGCUUUCCAAGACUGUGGCUGAGUCUAUGGGACUGUAUAUGAAUGCUGCCAGGGAGGCAGACUUUGCUUUUAGCCAGCAUGGUGGCAGUACCAGCCCUGGAAAGAUGUAUCCAGGGUGUGGGCGGGCUCUAGAGGAGACCCAGUGUGGUUCCACAAAGAGCCCCAAGUUAAAGCACUUUGGUUUCCAGCAACCCAGCACCACUCCCAGAGAAUGCGCGACUGGGACUCCAGUUAGCUCAGCAUCAAUGCUAGCUUCGUCUCUGUCCUGCAGCCCCCAGACUUCCAGCUCCAUCUCUAGUCCCGGGGGUAGCAACAAUAUGGUGUCAUCAACCACCAGUCCUCCUACGUGUUUUGGACCGGUGUGCUCGUCCGUCAGUAGUCCUGUCAGCCAGACGUCUUGUGCUGCAACUCUGGCCAACAUCAAGCGCAGGAACUCAGCCACAUGUAGCCCCGUGGAGUCCAGCACAGUGGGCUCGCCUCCUCUCACCAGCCCGCUCAACGUCAUGAGGUCCCCCAUGUCCAGCCCCCACAGUAUGAGCAGUGUGAGAUCACCACCGUCCUGCAGCACUACCUGUAAUAUCAGGUCGUCUGUCUCAAGCCCUACUGGAGGCAGCUGCACCAGCACUGCCAACAACUGCAACACCGCAAGGCCAUCCAUGUCCAGUCCGGCUUCAGGGGGCGCCAUGGCUGUCGGCAGCCCACAGAACCCCUCCUCUGGUGGGUUCCCUGUGUCCAGUCCUGCUGGAGGACUAAGGUUGGUGCAAAACGACACCAACAGCCCAGAUGCAGCUGGUCUGACCAGAGACUCAGACUUCAAGAACUUUGAAUUCCCCAAAGUAGAGAUGUUAGACGGGGAGGUUUUUAACGUCGGCUUAGACCAGAUGGGGAUGGUUAAGUACAUCAAGAACGAGCCUGGGACUGAUUUCAGGAGCAUGUGUUUAGGCAGCUCCAAGUGUAAUGCGGGUAGCACACCUUUUAUCACACAGAUUAAGAGUGAGCCCAACAUAAAUGAGGGAUGUAUGAACCCCCAGCCCUAUGCUGAGCAGUCGCCAUCUCUUAGUCUCUAUCCUGCAUCUGAGACCACCUAUUUGUCCCUGAGGAAUAACAUUGAUGAAUUCAGUCUUUCUGGUAUCUUAGGACCCCCUGUCUCCUCUAUGAAUGGGAACUAUGAGUCCGAUGUGUUCUCCAACAAUGUCCUGUCUAAAGGGGUUAAGCAGGAGACCACUGAUGGCAGCUAUUACCAAGAGAAUAACAGCAUGCCUACAUCGGCCAUUGUUGGAGUUAAUUCCGGUGGACAUUCAUUCCAUUACCAGAUUGGAGCGCAAGGAACAAUGUCUUUCACGCGGCAUGAUGUGAGGGACCAAUCCAACCCUUUGUUGAAUCUAAUUUCGCCCGUAACAGCGUUAAUGGAGUCGUGGAAAUCUCGGCCGGGCAUUUCACAAGGGUCACUGUCAGCCAGAGGUGAGGGAUACCUGGGUCAGAACUGCAUGACGGACAGCAUGUCAAGCUCGCCACUGAGACAACCGUCCUCAACGGCUAAAGUGUGCCUGGUUUGUGGAGACGAGGCGUCAGGAUGCCACUACGGUGUCGUGACGUGUGGGAGCUGCAAAGUAUUCUUCAAAAGAGCCGUGGAAGGUCAGCACAACUACCUGUGUGCCGGGAGAAAUGACUGUAUCAUUGACAAGAUCCGAAGGAAAAACUGCCCGGCAUGUCGCGUACGGAAGUGUCUGCAAGCUGGAAUGAACUUAGGAGCACGAAAGUCCAAGAAGUUAGGGAAGCUGAAGGGUGUCAGCGAGGACUCUAAGGACGGCCAAACUGCCACAGGUGGUAUCGGAGGCGGUUGCCUGCCGUCAGAGAAGGAGCUCAAUGCUAGUGCUGCCAAUGCCCUGGUGCCCCACGGACCCGGGGGGGUGACACCUUUUCUGCCACCCUCCAUCUGCAGUGUGUUGGAGCUUAUUGAGCCUGAAGAGGUGUACUCUGGGUAUGACAACACGAUGCCCGACACCACUGACCACCUGCUGUCCAGUCUCAACCGCCUGGCCGGAAAGCAGAUGGUACGCAUGGUGAAGUGGGCCAAAGUACUUCCAGGUUUCCGAGGCCUGCCCAUUGAGGACCAAAUCACCCUGAUCCAGUAUUCGUGGAUGUGUCUGUCCUCCUUCUGCCUCAGCUGGCGCUCCUACAAACACACCAAUGCACAGAUGCUCUACUUUGCCCCUGACUUCAUCUUUAACGAGGACCGCAUGCAGCAGUCAGCCAUGUACGACCUCUGUCUGGGCAUGAGGCAGGUGAGCCAGGAGUUUUUGAGACUGCAGCUAACCUACGACGAGUUCCUCUCCAUGAAGGUCCUCCUGCUUCUCAGCACAGUUCCCAAAGAGGGUCUGAAGAGCCAGGCAGCGUUCGAGGAGAUGAGGGUUAAUUACAUUAAGGAGCUCCGGAGAUCAGUGGGAAAAGCAACCAACAACUCUGGCCAAACCUGGCAGCGCUUCUUCCAGCUCACCAAGCUCCUGGACGCCAUGCAUGAUGUAAGUACCCCUGCCCUGUCUGCCCCCCCUGCCAAUGGCCUACAGACCAGGCUUCCCUUGGCAGCCCCUCUGUACGACAUGCCUUCACACACACAGCGGGCGUGGUGUCCAGUGGCACUUGGGGACAUGUCAUGA